UCAAUUUCUUCUUCGACUCUGACGUCUUUCACCUGUCUAUAAAUUAAAGACCCUCCUCCAUUCUUUUCUCAUGCUACCACAACUUCAUCAUUUCUUGUAAAACAGAGGGAAGAGAAAAGAAAAGCCACCAUGUUUUCAUACAAUAUGGACGCAGCCAAGGCUGAUGUUGCCAAGGAUCUGUCUCCCUUUAUCAUCUUAUAUAAAGAUGGCAGGAUAGAGAGGCUCAUAGGCAACGAAAUCGUCCCCCCUUCCCAGGAUCCCAAAUCCGAUGUCCUGUCAAAAGAUGUCAUCUAUUCAAAAGAAGCAAGACUAUCUUGUAGACUUUACCUUCCAAAAGGAGUGCAUCCCAACAAAAAGCUCCCUCUCCUGGUUUACGUUCAUGGGGGAGGCUUCUACGUUGAAAGUGCCUUCUCGCCUACUUACCAUAAUUACGUUAACCUCUUAGUCGCCGAGGCUAAAGUUAUUGCUAUCUCUGUUGAUUAUAGGAGAGUACCAGAACAUCCCAUCCCUAUUCCAUAUGAUGAUUCAUGGGCUGCCCUAAAAUGGGCUGCCUCUCAUGUCAACGGAGACGGUCCUGAAGAGUGGCUAAAUAAACAUGCUGAUUUAAGCAAGGUGUUCUUGGCUGGUGACAGUGCUGGUGGUAACAUAGCACACCACGUGGCAAUGAGGUUUGGUCAAGAGAACAUUAUUGGUGUAAAUGUUGCAGGUAUUGUUUUAAUAAAUCCUUAUUUUUGGGGAGAGGAACGGAUUGGAAAUGAAGUUAAUGAAUUAGAGAGAGUGCUGAAAGGGAUGAGUGCAACAUGGCACCUUGCAUGUCCUAAAACAAGUGGAUGUGAUGACCCUUUAAUCAAUCCUACUUACGAUCCAAAUUUGUCUAGUCUGGGGUGCUCCAAGGUGUUUGUUGCUGUUGCUGAGAAAGAUUUGCUAAGGGAUAGGGGCCUGCUAUACUGCGAGACUUUGAAGAAAAGUGGAUGGGGUGGAGUGAUUGAGAUUAUGGAGGUCAAAGGAGAGGAGCACGUCUUUCAUUUGUUCAAGCCAGCCACCGACAAUGCUGUCGCCAUGCUGAAAAAGAUUGUCUCUUUCAUACAUGGCCAAAACUGAAUAUGUUUGCCUGUUCUCUUUUUUUC